AUGGAAAAGUGUAAGUCUGUGUUGUGCCCUAGAAUCCAAGCUAGGCUUGAGAAAGAAAAAGAAAAGGAUGCAAAUUGUGAUGUUAUGCCCUUAUCUGACACUCACUUCAAUGUCAGAUACUUCUUAGACCAACUGACUGUUGAUUUGAAUGCUAGAGUUUGUAGUUGUAGGAAAUGGAACAUGCUAGGUGUACCAUGUUGCCGUGCCAUAGCAUGUAUAUUUUUUGUGAACAAAGAAGUAGAGGCUUUUGUAGAUGAUUGCCAUAAACUAAACACCUUUUUUAAGGCAUAUGCUGGUUCAAUCUUACCUUGUGAGGGAGAUAGAUAUUGUCCUAGGGUGCCCUGUAACUUAGACCCACCCCCAAUCAAGAUUGGUCUUGGGAAACCUAGAAAGAACAGGAUCAAGCAUCCUAAAGAGAACCCUAAGAAGCCAGGAUGUCUUCUUAGGAGUGGCAUUGAAAUGACAUGCAACAUUUGUAGAACAAAGGGGCAUAACAAAAGGUCUUGCCCAAACAAGGGAUCUUAUGUGCCAAUAGAGCCAGCUCUAAAAAGACCAAGAGGUAGGCCGAGAAAUGAUGUUGCUGCCUCCCAACCUAUUCAUGAUUCCUAG